ACUCUGCAAUCUCUCGCCGUCGUCGUCAAUGGCAAUGCGAAGCCGGCGCCGGUCAGCUUUCCUCGAUCGGAUUGUGGAUUCCGCCUGAUUCUUCUUCGUCGUUUCGAUUAUUCGAAGCCAUGUUUGAAUCUCACGUUUUACAUUUGCUUCGUAGAUUUUUGGGCGAAUAUGUCCAUGGACUCUCAGCAGAAACUUUGAGAAUCAGUGUCUGGAAAGGUGAUGUUGUUCUUAAAGAUUUGAAAUUGAAGGCAGAGGCACUAAAUUCUCUGAAACUUCCGGUCACUGUCAAGGCUGGUUUUGUCGGUACAAUAACACUGAAGGUUCCCUGGAAAAGUUUGGGCAAAGAACCUGUGAUUGUUCUAAUUGAUCGUGUCUUUGUUCUUGCUCAUCCUGCUCCUGAUGGCCGUACUCUUAAGGAGGAAGACAGGGAAAAACUAUUCGAAGCCAAACUUCAACAAAUUGAGGAAGCAGAGGCGGUAACCCUUGAAGCAAUUUCAAAAUCAAAGCAAGGAAAUCAAAAUCUUGGAAAUUCAUGGCUAGGUUCUCUUAUUGCUACUAUUAUUGGGAAUCUAAAGAUAACAAUCAGCAAUGUACAUGUCAGAUAUGAAGAUUCAGUCAGUAAUCCAGAACAUCCUUUUUCUUCGGGGAUUACUUUAGCCAAGCUGGCUGCAGUUACAAUGGAUGAACAAGAGAAUGAAACCUUUGAUACUAGUGGUGCUCUUGAUAAAUUGCGGAAGUCAUUGCAACUUGAGAGGCUUGCUGUGUACCAUGAUUCCGAUAGUCUUCCUUGGAAGAUAGAAAAGGGAUGGGAAGAUCUUAGUCCAAAGGAAUGGGUUGAGAUUUUUGAAGCUGGCAUAAACGAGCCUGUUGCUGAAAGUGGAAUGGUGUCUAAAUGGGUUGCGAAUCACAAGUACUUGGUGUCACCUAUAUAUGGAGUACUAAAAUAUCACCGCCUUGGAAAUCAAGAAAGAAAUGACCCGGAAGUUCCCUUUGAGAAGGCGUCUCUUGUCCUAAGUGACGUAUCUUUAACUAUUACAGAGGCACAAUAUCAUGACUGGAUAAAACUAUUGGAAGUUGUCUCCAGAUACUGGACGUACGUUGAAGUGUCCCAUUUAAGGCCUAUGGUUCCAGUUUCACAGGAUCAUUCCUCGUGGUGGCGUUAUGCUGCUCAAGCGGGUCUGCAACAGAGAAAAUUGUGUUAUCGAUUCUCGUGGGACCGCAUCAGGCAUCUUUGUCAGCUUCGUCGACGAUACAUUCAACUAUAUGCUGGUACAUUGCAACAUUUAGCAAAUAUUAACAAUGCAGAAAUUAGAGAAAUCGAGAGGGAUUUGGAUUCUAAAGUAAUCCUCUUAUGGAGGUUGCUUGCACAUGCAAAGGUCGCAACGGCAAAAUCAAAGGAGGCAGCUGAACAGAGGAGGUUAAAAAAGGGAGGCUGGCUUUCCUUUAGAUGGGGCACACCUUCUGAAGAAGUCCCUGUUGGAGAUACUCCUCAGGGACCACAGUUACUGGAGGAAAGACUGACUAAAGAAGAAUGGCAGGCAAUUAAUAAGUUAUUAAGUUACCAGCAAGAGGAUGAGUUCACAUCUCUUUCUGGUAGGGAAAUCCAGAAUAUGGUCCAGUUUUUGGUUACCGUGUCAAUUGGUCAAGCUGCUGCCAGGAUCAUCAGCAUAAAUCAGACUGAAAUUGUUUGUGGUAGAUUUGAACAACUCCAAGUGUCAACCAAGUUUAAAAAUCGUAGUACUCACUGUGAUGUGUCAUUGAGAUUUUAUGGUUUAUCUGCACCCGAAGGCUCCCUUGCUGAGAGUGUUUGUAGUGAGCAGAAGUUGAAUGCAUUGUCUGCUAACUUUAUAUACGCACCAGUAGGGGGGAAUGUUGACUGGAAGUUGGCAGCUACAAUUUCUCCUUGCCAUGUUACGGUUUUAAUGGAUAGUUAUUACCGCUUUAUGGAGUUUGUGAAGAGAAGUAAGGCAGUCAGUCCCACUGUUGCAUUUGAAACUGCGGCUGCUUUGCAGAUGAAACUUGAGAAAGUAACACGUAGGGCACAAGAACAGUUUCAAUUUGUAUUAGAAGAACAAAGCAGAUUUGCUCUUGAUAUCGACUUUGAUGCUCCAAAAGUCAGAGUCCCUAUCAGAACGGCUGGCUCUUCUAAAUGUGAUUGUCAUUUCCUUUUGGACUUUGGUCACUUCACAGUGCACACCGCGGAGAGCCAAUCUGAUGAACAAAGGCAAAAUCUCUAUUCUCGUUUUUUUAUAUCCGGAAGAGACAUUGCUGCUUUUUUCACAGAUUGUGGCUAUGAUUGUCAAAACUACACUUUGGUUGCGGCUAAAUACGACUUGAAUCCAAUCAUAUCUCCUACACCCAAUAAAAUUGAUAAUUUUUAUUCGCUAAUAGAUAGGUGUGGAAUGGCAGUACUUGUUGAUCAGAUCAAAGUACCUCAUCCAAGUUACCCGUCAACACGCAUUUCUGUUCAAGUGCCAAACCUCGGGGUUCACUUUUCACCAUCUAGAUAUCGCAGAAUUAUGGAAUUACUGAACAUAUUCUACGGUACAAUGGAGACUAGUAAUCUGCCUGCCAGUGAUAAUUUCCAAGAUGAGCUUACUCCGUGGAGUUCUGUGGACCUUGCUUCUGAUACUAAAAUUCUAGUCUGGAGGGGGAUUGGCAACUCUGUGGCUACAUGGCAACCUUGUUUUCUUGUAUUAUCAGGAUUAUAUCUUUAUCUUUUGGAGUCUGAAAAGUCUCCAACUUACCAGCGAUACUUGAGCAUGGCUGGUAAACAAGUAUUUGAUGUUCCUCCAGCAAACAUUGGUGGCCUGCUGUUCUGUGUUGCAAUUAGUUAUAGGGGAGUGGAGAUUCAAAAGGCUUUGGAAUCUUCUAGUACCUGGAUACUUGCAUUUCGGGAUGAGGAUGAAAAGGCCACCUGGUUGAAGUGCCUUAUACUAGCCACAUAUCAAGCUUCCGCACCUCCAUCAGUUGAUGUACUGGGAGAGACAAGUGAUGACACAUCUGACUCUAGUGACUCUCAGACCACAAAACUAAAAACAGCCGAACUUGUCAUUAAUGGAGCCCUGGUGGAAACAAAGUUAUUUAUAUAUGGAAAGACGGGAGAUGAAGUUGAUGGCAAACUUGAUGAGACUCUUAUUCUUGAUGUUCAUGCUGGUGGAGGGAAGGUUCACAUGAUUUCUUGUGAAGGUGAUCUGACUAUAAGGAUGAAGCUGCAUUCUUUAAAGAUUAGGGAUGAGCUUCAAGGUCGUCUUUCUGCAAGCCCGCAAUAUUUAGCUUGCUCCGUGCUGAGAAAUGACUGUGUAUUUUCUUCCCCUAAUUUUACUGAUCCUCAUGGAAAGGAGAUGCCUGUGACACUUCAUGAAGAUGAUGAUGCAUUUACAGACGCUUUGCCCGACUUCGCCUCUCUAUCAGAUGCAGGUGGUUAUUUUCAAAAUUUGGAUACUGGUUCAUGUGGAACAACUGGAGAAAUUGGUGCUGGUGCUGGAUUCGAGUCUGCUGAAGCCUUAAUUCGUGAAGAAGAUCUAGUUAUGGGAAGAGGUAUGUCCGAUGAGAUAUUUUAUGAGGCAGAAGGUGGAGACUGUUCAGAUUUUGUUUCUGUUAUCUUCUUGACAAGGAGUCCUAGUUCCCAUGAUUAUGAUGGUAUAGAUACACAGAUGAGUGUUCGCAUGUCCAAGCUGGAAUUUUUUUGCAACAGACCCACUCUUGUUGCUUUAAUUGGUUUUGGCCUGGAUAUCAGCUCUGUGCAUUAUGCAACAACAAUUUCUGACACAGAAACGGUUUCAGAAGAUAAAUCUCUGGUGAACAAAGAAAAGACUGAAGAAAGUGGGCGUGUUAAAGGGUUGCUGGGAUAUGGUAAAAAUCGUGUAGUAUUUUACUUAAACAUGAACGUGGACAGUGUGUCUGUGUUUCUUAAUAAAGAGGAUGAUUCUCCACUUGCAAUGCUGGUGCAGGAAAGGUUUCUGUUGGAUCUUAAGGUCCAUCCUAGUUCUCUUUCUAUUGAAGGGACAUUAGGAAAUUUUAGACUCUGUGAUAUGUGUCUUGGAACAGAGCACUGCUGGGAUUGGCUUUGCGAUAUACGCAAUCCUGGCGUUGAAUCCCUUAUUAAGUUCAAAUUUGAUUCUUAUAGUGCUGAAGAUGAGGAUUAUGAAGGUUAUGAUUAUAGCUUGCAAGGCCGACUUUCUGCUGUUCGCAUUGUGUUCCUCUAUAGGUUUGUUCAGGAGAUUAUGGUCUAUUUUAUGGAGCUCGCUACUCCACAGACUGAAGAAGCUAUUAAACUUGUCGAUAAAGUUGGAGGUUUUGAAUGGUUCAUUCAGAAAUAUGAGAUUGACGGAGCGACAGCAUUAAAACUUGAUCUCUCACUUGACACUCCAAUAAUCAUUGUUCCAAGGAAUUCUACAAGCAAAGAUUUCAUUCAACUUGAUUUGGGCCAUCUGAAAGUGACAAAUUCAUUUAGGUGGUAUGGUUCUGCAGAUGAAGAUCCUUCAGCUGUACAUAUUGAUGUCCUGCAUGCUGAGAUUUUGGGUAUCAACAUGUUCGUAGGAAUAGAUGGUUUUAUAGGUAAACCAAUGAUUCGGGAAGGUAAAGGAAUUGACAUUUAUGUGAGGAGAAGUUUGAGGGAUGUAUUCAAAAAAGUACCAACAUUUUCUCUUGAAGUAAAGGUUGCCUUGUUGCAUGGUGUCAUGACUAGCAAAGAAUACAAAGUCAUUCUUGAUUGUGCAUACAUGAACUUGUUUGAAGAGCCCAGGCUUCCUCCUAGUUUUCGUGGUGGCAAACCUGGUUCAAAGGAUACAAUGCGGCUGUUCGUCGACAAGGUCAACAUGAAUAGUCAAAUUCUUCUAUCACGUACUGUUACCAUAUCUACAGUCGUGGUUGAUCAUGCCUUGUUGGAGCUCUAUAAUGGCGUUCAUGAUGAGUCGCCUUUAGCUCAUAUUGCUCUAGAAGGUCUUUGGGUAUCAUAUCGGAUGACUUCAUUGUCUGAGACGGAUCUAUACAUUACUAUACCGAAAUUCUCUGUCCUUGAUGUUCGCCCCGACACAAAACCUGAAAUGCGCCUUAUGCUUGGAUCAUCCACGGAUGAUUUUAAACAAGUUUCUAACAUGCCUUUUUUGUUAAAUAAGGGGAGCUUUAGAAGAACCGAGUCUGAAGCUGCUCAUUCUGCUGAUUUACCAAUUUCGACAAUGUUUCUGAUGGAUUACAGAUGGAGAAAAUCUUCUCAAUCAUUUGUGGUUCGGGUUCAACAGCCUCGAGUUCUUGUAGUGCCUGAUUUCCUUCUUGCUGUGACUGAGUUCUUUGUGCCAGCUUUGGGAGCAAUAACUGGAAUAGAGGAAACUAUGGAUCCUAAGAAUGAUCCUCUUUGUAGAAACAGUAGCAUUGUACUCUCUGAACCUGUUUACAAACAAAGAGAAGAUGUGAUUCACCUCUCUCCCAGUAGACAACUAGUGGCAGAUUGCCCAAGCAUUGAUGAGUAUGCAUACGAUGGUUGUGGAAAAACUAUCUGCUUGACUGAGGAAGCAGAUAAGUCUCAUUGGGGAAAGUUUCAACCAAUUAUAAUUAUCGGACGUGGAAAGAAGUUGCGGUUUGUAAAUGUUAAAAUUGAGAAUGGUUCUCUUUUGAGGAAGUAUACAUAUUUAAGUAAUGAUAGCAGCUACUCGGUAUCAUUUGAGGAUGGUGUAGACAUUACAUUGCUUGAAAUUUCCUCAUCUGAUGAUGACGACAAAAAGAGUUCGGAGCAUACACGUGAAUCAUCAGAUGCUGCAAAUAUUUCUUCGCUUUCUCAAUACAAUCUAGAUCUGGUUCCAAGUUUCACUUUUGAAACCCAGGUUGUUUCUCCUGAGUUCACCUUCUAUGAUGGUACAAAAUCGUCUCUGGAUGAUUCAUCUUUUGGGGAAAAGCUUCUUCGAGCAAAACUGGAUUUAAGCUUCAUGUAUGCAUCAAAAGAAAACGAUAUCUGGAUCCGAGCCUUGGUAAAGGAUCUCACUGUUGAGGCUGGAUCUGGUCUUAUUGUUCUUGACCCGGUGGAUAUUUCAGGGGGAUACACUUCUGUGAAGGACAAAACAAAUAUGUCUCUAAUGUCAACCAAUAUAUGCAUCCAUCUUUCGCUCAGUGCUAUUUCUCUCAUACUUAGUUUGCAAAAUCAGGCGUUUGCAGCAUUACAAUUUGGAAACAUGAUACCCUUGGCUCCCUGUACAAACUUUGAUCGCAUUUGGGUGUCGCCUAAAGAAAAUGGACCUGGUUACAACCUUACCUUUUGGAGGCCUCGAGCUCCAUCCAAUUACGCCAUAUUGGGAGAUUGCGUGACAUCAAGGCCAAUUCCUCCAUCUCAGGCAGUAAUGGCAGUGAGUAACACAUAUGGGCGCGUCCGAAAACCAAUUGGUUUCAAUCUCAUAGGUUUAUUCUUGGGUAUUCUAGGACAUAGUGGAGGUGAAGCCAAACCUCGUACCGACUGUGAUUGUUCUAUUUGGGAGCCUGUUGCACCUCCAGGAUACACAGCAUUGGGAUGUGUUGUAAAUAUAGGGAACGAAGCACCACCUAAUCACAUUGUGUACUGCAUACGUUCUGACCUUGUAACGCUGACAACACACUUGGAGUGCAUAUUCAAUGCUUCGUCGAAUCCCCAGUUUCCAUCUGGAUUCAGCAUUUGGCGCCUAGACAAUAUUCUUGGAUCCUUUUCUGCUCAUUCUACUACUAAAUGCCCCUUGGUAGAUAAUAGUUGGGACCUGAAUCACCUUCUUCUUUGGAAUAGGAUCCGUUCUCCUUCUAAAGAAUCUGCAUCAGAUUUAACUGUUGAUUGUGAAUAUGGAGGUCAGGAAACAAGCAACCAGAAUGUAAAUUCAUCCGGAUGGGACACUGUCAGAUCUAUUUCCAAAGCAACUAAUUGUUAUAUGUCAACCCCUAACUUUGAGAGGAUCUGGUGGGACAAGGGUACUGACCUUCGCCGACCAGUCUCAAUAUGGCGACCCAUUGCACGUCCUGGUUAUGCCAUAUUGGGUGAUUGCAUAACUGAAGGCUUGGAACGACCAGCUCUUGGCAUAAUUUUCAGGGCUGAUAACCCCGAAGUCUCUGCAAAGCCUGUGCAGUUUACUAAAGUUGCCCAUAUUGUUGGAAAGGGUUUUGAUGAAGUUUUCUUUUGGUACCCAAUAGCUCCACCCGGUUAUGCUUCUCUUGGAUGCAUGGUCUCCAGAACAGAUGAAUCUCCAUCUAUCGAUACUCUUUGUUGCCCUAGGAUGGAUCUUGUUAACCAAGCUAGUAUUCUUGAGGCGCCCAUCUCAAGAUCUUCCAGUUCAAAGGCUUCUCAGUGUUGGAGCAUUUGGAAAGUUGAAAAUCAGGCCUGCACUUUUCUUGCACGUGGGGAUAUGAAGAUUCCAUCUUACCGAUUGGCUUAUACUAUUGGCGACUCUGUGAAGCCAAAGACUCAGGAAAACAUAACCGCUGAGAUGAAGCUGAGUUGCUUCUCUUUGACUGUUCUAGACAGCUUAUGUGGAAUGAUGACACCACUAUUUGAUGUAACAAUCACAAAUAUUAAGCUUGCAACGCAUGGUCAAGUAGAUGCUAUGAAUGCAGUACUGAUUUCCUCUAUUGCUGCAUCAACCUUCAACACUCAGUCAGAAGCAUGGGAGCCACUUGUGGAGCCUUUUGAUGGAAUUUUCAAGUUUGAAACUUAUGAUACUAAUUCAAGCCCACCAUCCAAACUUGGGAAGAGAGUGCGUAUCGCUGCUACCGGAAUUGUAAAUGUAAAUGUCAGUGCUGCAAGUUUGGACAAUUUCGUGGGGAGCAUUCUUUCAUGGAGACGACAGUUAGACCUUGAACAGAAAGCAACCAAGCUAAAUGUGGAAUCUGGAAGUUUGCAUAGGGAUGGAGAAGAUCCAGCUGUUUCUGCGUUGGAUGAGGAUGACUUUCAGACUCUAAGAAUAGAAAAUAAACUUGGGUGUGAUAUUUAUCUGAAAAGAAUUGAACAGAAUUCGGACAUAGUUGACCAGCUGCAUCAUGGUGAUUGUGCUUCUGUGUCGAUCCCACCUCCAAGGUUUUCAGACAGAUUGAAUGUUGCUGAUGAAUUUAGAGAAGCACGCUACCAUAUUGCUAUACAGAUCCUUGAAGCCAAGGGUUUACCUGUUACAGAUGAUGGCAAUGGUCAAAACUUCUUCUGUGCUCUGCGCCUUGUCGUUGAAAGUCAGGCGACCGAUCAGCAAAAGCUUUUUCCUCAGAGUGCAAGAACAAAAUGUGUUAAGCCUUUUAUUUCGAAAAAGAAUGAUCUGGUUGAGGGCACUGCAAAGUGGAAUGAACUAUUUAUUUUUGAAAUUCCUCGAAAGGCCGCUGCUAAAUUGGAAGUGGAGGUAACAAACCUUGCAGCAAAAGCAGGAAAAGGGGAAGUUGUUGGUGCACUCUCAUUUUCGGUUGGACAUGGUGCAAAUACAUUGAGGAAGGUAGCUUCAGUGAAGAUGUUCCAUCAAGCCCACGAAAGUCAAAACCUUGUGUCAUAUCCACUAAAGAGGAAGCUUAACAACUUAGAUGACAACUAUGGAUGCUUAUUGGUUUCUACUAUUUGUUUCGAGCGGAAAACAACUCCAAAUUUUGAAAGAGAUGCUGGAACAGAGAAUGUUGUGGGAAGAGAUAUUGGUUUCUGGAUUGGUCUUGGACCACAGGGUACUUGGGAGAGUAUUCGGUCAUUGCUUCCGUCGUCUAUUGUCCCCAAAUCACUGCACAACGAUUUUGUUGCCAUGGAAGUUGUCAUGAAAAAUGGCAAGAAGCACGUGAUAUUCAGAAGUCUUGCGACAUUAGUCAAUGAGUCGGAUAUUAAAUUGGAGAUUUCCACAUGUCACAUGUCUCUUCUUUCAGGAACAAGCAGUAAUCUUGUGGUUGAGGAGAGAUUUCAAAAUCAACGUUUUCAACCAGGUUCUGGUUGGGGUAAUAAUUGGUCUGGUCUUGGCAGCAUUGAACCAGGGCCUUGGAGCUCCCAAGACUACUCAAAUUCCUCUAAGGAUUUCUCUGAACCUCCCCUUCCCGUUGGAUGGCGAUGGGCAUCAACAUGGACUAUUGAUAAAUCUCAAUUUGUUGACAAAGAUGGCUGGGCAUACGGUCCCGACUUUCAUGCUUUAAAAUGUCCUCCAACAUCCUCAAAGUCAUGCAUGAAAUCGUCUUCUGAUCUUGUGCGCCGCAGACGCUGGAUUCGUUCAAGGCAGCAAAUACUGAAAAGUGAAUUCCCCAUCAUAAAUUCUGGAGCAUCCACAGUUUUACCAUGGAGAAGUACACGCCGGGAUUCCAACCAGUGCUUACAAAUUCGCCCUUCUGUUGAUCAUCCCCAGGCUCCAUACUCUUGGGGAUACGCAGUGACUGUUGGUUCUGGCUAUGCAUGUGGAAAGGAUCAGGCUCUCGUGGAGCAAGUUUCGCUCUCAAGACAACAUACGUCAAAACCAGAAAAUAAGAUGUCAAAUUUUACCUUCAUGUUAGAUAAACUCGAGAAAAAGGAUGUACUUUUGUGUUGUUCUGGUGCAGGAAGCAAGCAAAUUUGGCUGAGUGUUGGAUCAGAUGCCUCGGUCCUUCAUACUGAACUGAAUGCACCUAUUUAUGAUUGGAGAAUAUCUGUUAAUGCUCCUCUGAAGUUAGAAAAUCGAUUUCCGUGUCCAGCUGAAUUCACAAUCUGGGAGAAAACUAAAGAAGGAAGUUGCAUUGAGCGACAACACGGAAUAAUCUCAUCACGUGGGAGUGUACAUGUAUAUUCAGCUGACAUCCAGAAACCUAUUUAUCUCACAUUGCUCGUUCAGGAUGGUUGGGUUAUGGAGAAGGACCCUGUUCUUGUUUUGAACAUUUCUUCUAAUGAUCAUGCCGCAUCGUUUUGGAUGGUUCACCAGCAGAGUAAAAGGAGACUGCGUGUGAGAAUCGAACACGACAUAGGAGGAACCACUGCUGCACCUAAAACAAUAAGGUUUUUUGUUCCAUAUUGGAUUGUCAAUGAUUCGUCUUUGCCUCUGGCAUAUCGAGUGGUGGAAGUUGAAUCUUUGGAGAAUGCGGAUACGGAUUCCCAGAUACUUUUAAAAGCAGUCAAAUCUGCGAAGAUGGCCUUGAAAAGUCCUACAAACUCUACGGAGAAGAAGCAUUCCGCUCCAAGAAGGAAUAUUCAAGUGCUUGAAGUAAUUGAGGAUACUAGCCCAUUUCCUUGUAUGCUUUCUCCGCAAGACAAUGCAGGCCGCAGUGGAGUUACGCUUUUUCAAUCACAAAAAGAUUCAUGUGUGUCCCCACGGGUAGGCAUUGCUGUUGCCAUGCGUCAUUCCCAAAUUUUCAGUCCAGGGAUAUCUCUUCUUGAUCUGGAAAAGAAGGAACGAGUUGAUGUAAAAGCAUUCAGUUCAGAUGGAUCUUACCACAAGCUUUCAGCUCGACUAAACUUGACCUCAGACAGAACAAAGGUCCUCCAUUUUCAGCCACACACCUUGUUUAGUAAUAGGGUUGGUUACAGUCUUUGCCUCCAGCAAUGUGAAUCUCAAUCAGUAACCUGGAUUCAUCCGUCUGAUUCUCCAAAGCUCUUUUGUUGGCCGUCUUCUACCAAAGUUGAAAUGUUGAAGUUGCGGGUUGAUGGCUAUAAAUGGAGUACUCCAUUCAGCGUCUGUAAUGAAGGUGUCAUGCGAAUAUGCUUGAAGAAAGACACUGAGAAUGAUCAACUGCAAUUAAGAAUAGCAGUCAGAAGUGGGGCAAAGAGCUCGAGCUAUGAAGUUAUUUUCCGGCCAAACUCAUUAUCAAGUCCUUACAGGAUUGAAAAUCGCUCCAUGUUUUUACCCAUUCAUUUUCGGCAAGUGGAUGGUACCAACGAGUCAUGGCAGUUUCUUCUUCCUAGUUCAGCAGCUUCUUUCUUUUGGGAAGAUCUUGGUAGAAGACGACUGUUGGAACUCUUGAUAGAUGGGAACGAACUGUCAAAAUCACAGAAACUUGAUAUUGAUGAAGUUUCUGAUCAUCUGCCCAUUCAUGUGGCAAGUGGGUCCUCUAGGGCUCUCCGAGUUACUAUAGUAAAAGAAGAUAAAAUCAACGUUGUUAAGCUCAGUGACUGGAUGCCAGAAAGUGAACCUACUGGAAUGUUGACUAGAAAAGAUGCAUCCCCUUUAUCGCAGAUUUCUUUAAAGGAUCCACGACAGCUCCAAUCGCCAUCUACUUUGGACUCUGAAUUUCAUGUUAUUGUGGAGCUAGCGGAGCUUGGAGUAUCCGUCAUUGACCACACACCUGAAGAAAUAUUGUACCUCUCAGUUCAGAAUCUUCGUCUUGCAUUUUCGACUGGCCUGGGCUCUGGAUUCAGUAGGUUUAAAAUACGAAUGCAUGGGAUACAAGUGGAUAACCAGUUGCCAUUAACUCCAAUGCCAGUUCUUUUCAGACCGCAGAAAGUUGGAGAGGAGAACGAGUAUGUCUUGAAAUUUUCUGUGACCAUGCAAUCAAAUGGGUCACUGGAUCUUUGUGUCUAUCCAUAUAUUGGUUUCAAUGGACCUGAAAGUUCUGCCUUUCUGAUAAAUAUUCACGAACCUAUUAUAUGGCGCCUUCAUGAAAUGAUCCAGCAGGUCAACCUCUGUCGCAUAUACAAUAGUCGAACUACUGCUGUUUCAGUUGAUCCAAUUAUCCAAAUUGGAGUUCUUAACAUCUCAGAAGUUCGAUUCAAAGUGUCGAUGGCGAUGUCACCCAGUCAACGGCCAAGGGGCGUACUUGGCUUCUGGGCAUCCUUGAUGACUGCAUUGGGCAACACUGAAAAUAUGCCUGUUAGGGUGAAUCAAAGGUUCCACGAGAAUGUGUGCAUGAGGCAGAGUUCAAUGAUAAGCAUUGCUAUAUCAAACAUUCGAAAGGAUCUCCUGGGCCAGCCUCUUCAAUUGCUUUUAGGUGUCGAUAUAUUGGGUAAUGCUAGCAGUGCACUCGGACAUAUGAGCAAGGGUAUGGCUGCCUUAUCAAUGGAUAAGAAGUUCAUCCAAAGCCGGCAGAGACAGGAAAAGAAGGGUGUAGAGGACUUCGGUGAUGUUAUCAGAGAGGGAGGUGGGGCGCUUGCUAAAGGCCUAUUUAGAGGAGUCACUGGAAUAUUAACAAAGCCUCUCGAAGGUGCAAAAACUUCUGGUGUUGAGGGUUUUGUUCAAGGUGUUGGGAGAGGAAUAAUUGGUGCAGCUGCACAGCCAGUUAGUGGGGUGCUGGAUCUUUUAUCAAAAACCACCGAAGGUGCCAAUGCUAUGAGAAUGAAGAUAGCAUCGGCUAUAACUUCUGAUGAACAACUACUCCGCAGGAGACUGCCUCGUGUAAUUAGUGGCGAUAACUUGCUUCGGCCAUAUGAUGAGGAUAAAGCACAAGGACAGAUUAUACUGCAGCUGGCCGAAUCAGGUUCCUUUUUGGGUCAGGUUGAUUUAUUUAAAGUUCGUGGAAAGUUUGCGCUAACUGAUGCUUAUGAAGACCACUAUUUGCUCCCAAAAGGAAAAAUUCUUGUGGUCACGCAUCGAAGAGUGAUAUUGUUGCAGCAACCCUCCAAUAUUAUUGGUCAGAGGAAGUUCAGCCCGGCCAGGGAUCCAUGUUCGAUAAUAUGGGACGUCCUGUGGGAUGACCUGGCAACAAUGGAAUUGACACAUGGAAAGAAAGAUCAUCCAAAAGAUCUGCCUUCACGUCUUAUUCUUUAUUUAAGGACUAGAUCAACAGAGUUGAAGGAACAAGUUCGCCUUAUAAAAUGCAUGCUUGAAACCCGUCAGGCUCUUGAAGUUUACUCUUCAAUUGAGCUAGCUUUGCACACUUAUGGACCAAACCAAUCGAAGGACUCCCUUAAAAAGGUAACAAAACCGUAUUCACCACUGGCUGAGGGUACCAGUACUGAAAUUCUCCCAAAAGAAAGGUUUAGUGUCUGGUCUCCCCAUCAAGUAUCCUCAUUGGUUCCUCAAAGUUCAACUUUUGGCAGCAGCACUAAUUGAUCAUGGAAGCAGCUGCGCCGUAGAAAAUUAUUAUUAUUGGCCUUUCUGCUCGAGUCAGCUCAUAUGAUAAUCCUAGCUGCUAUCGACUUUCAGAACGUCUUAUAAGGUCAAAAAGUACUGAAGCUUACAACUAGAGAGAACUAGUUUUCCUGCCAAAGCCGUUGCAACGGCGGAUGGCCUACCGGAGAGCGUAGAAGAUAGAUUAGAUGUGAAUAGCAUUAUCUACAAAUACAUCUGGUUUUGUUUGUAAAUAAAAACCGUGUACAGAAUUCUUGUCUGUUGGCCAUUUACCAGAUGCUCUUGAAAGUUGUACAGGUUUUGACAUUCCUUGUGCUUAUAGCCAUUUUGUAUAUGUACAGUAUUUUGUACAAGUUAGUAAAGGACGCCAUGAAAAUUGCGAUGUCUAAU